CACCACCUGCUGGCGCGUGUUGCAGGAAGUUGCGCAGUAUGGUUGCGCAUCACCGCUGUAGAAUAAUGGCGCCUCUGGAUCUGGAUAAAUAUGCAGAGAUCGCAAAGCAGUGUAAAUAUCUCCCAGAGAAUGACCUGAAGAGGUUAUGUGACUAUGUGUGCGACCUUCUCCUGGAGGAGUCCAACGUGCAGCCCGUGUCCACUCCUGUGACCGUGUGUGGUGACAUUCAUGGACAGUUCUAUGAUCUUUGUGAACUCUUCCGUACCGGCGGCCAGGUUCCGGACACAAACUACAUAUUUAUGGGGGACUUUGUUGAUCGAGGGUAUUACAGUCUGGAGACGUUCACCUACCUGCUGGUCCUGAAAGCCAAGUGGCCUGACCGCAUCACGCUUCUACGUGGAAACCACGAGAGCAGACAGAUCACACAAGUCUACGGAUUUUAUGACGAGUGCCAGACCAAGUAUGGGAACGCUAACGCCUGGCGUUACUGCACCAAAGUGUUCGACAUGUUGACAGUCGCAGCUCUGAUGGACGAGCAGAUCCUCUGCGUCCAUGGAGGCCUCUCCCCGGACAUCAAAACUCUCGAUCAAAUUCGAACGAUUGAGCGGAACCAGGAGAUCCCUCACAAAGGAGCUUUCUGUGAUCUGGUGUGGUCGGACCCUGAAGACGUGGACACCUGGGCCAUCAGUCCCCGAGGAGCCGGCUGGCUGUUUGGUGCCAAGGUCACGAAUGAGUUUGUCCACAUCAACAACCUGAAGCUGAUCUGCAGAGCGCAUCAACUCGUCCACGAAGGCUACAAGUUCAUGUUCGACGAGAAGCUGGUCACCGUGUGGUCGGCUCCCAACUACUGCUACCGCUGCGGAAACAUCGCCUCCAUCAUGGUCUUCAAAGAUGCAAACACCAGAGAGCCAAAGCUGUUCAGAGCUGUGCCUGACUCCGAGAGGGUCAUCCCGCCCCGGACGACGACACCCUAUUUCCUGUAAAACUGAAAAAAGGCAGCGUUUCGUUUCAUUGCACAGACGUGCGACAGCAGCAUUAGCACUUGUGAACCCAUAUGAAGUUGUAUAGUAUAUUUAGAUUGUUUACAGUGCAUUUAAUGGUGCCAACUGUCAAUUAUCAUGCCCACUGACAUUAAUGCAGAUAUUCUGCUGCUAAAACCACAGAUUUAUUCACAGCAAAGGACGUUUGCUCCGCAGUGUUGGUGUUAUUACUGUGUUAUUGACUGUUAUUAAAAGAGAUAACAAUCAUUGAUGUCAACAGACCAAAUCAGAAUCCUACAUUUCAGCUGAAAACCCCUCUGCAGACAGAGAAGUAUGUGCACUGAUAUAUAAAAUGUUUCACUUUAUUUUGUUACAGUGAUGUAUCACAUCUUGGUGUAAAUUAACAAAGCACUGUACAAAAAUCAAAGAUCCUCUCUAUCCUUACACAUUUCAAUUGACGUUUAGACUUCCUGUAAUUAUGUCCUACAUGAUGAAAACCUGAGAGCUCAUGUACAAACAUUUAUCCGUCUUCAGUAUUGCUAAGCCUGUGGAACCUAAAAUGAUUUCUGUUAUUGACAGAUUUGUAAUCUGCUCUUGUAAUUAUUCCUCUGUGUAUGUCUCCAGUUUUUAAAUAAAGAAAUACAAAAAAGUUCAAA